AUAUGUCUAUAUAUAUGUGAAGGUUAUUGCAAAGAAAUUUUUUUAUAAGAUAAGAUAGGAACUAAGCUAUAUAGUAUUAUAGUUUAAUUAGUUACAUGAUAGGUAUUAGGUAGGUAGGGUAUAUAUGAAAGAAGAUAGGGAAUAUUAUUGUUCGAUGAAUUCAAGAACAAAUAAUAAUAUCUCUAUAGAUAACAAUAACAACAAUAAAGAGAUGAGAAAAGAGAAAAAAGCUAUGAAACCAUAUAGAGGAAUUAGGAUGAGAAAGUGGGGUAAAUGGGUUGCAGAAAUUAGAGAACCAAAUAAAAGAUCAAGAAUUUGGUUAGGUUCUUAUAUAACACCUAUUGCUGCCGCACGUGCCUAUGACACAGCUGUGUUUUAUCUUAGAGGUCCUUCUGCUCACCUUAAUUUUCCAGAAUUAUUGUUCAAAGAUCAAGAACAUGAAGAAAAUCAACAACAACGUGGGAAUAUGUCGGCUGAUACAAUAAGGAAAAAAGCUACUCAAGUUGGUGCUAGAGUUGAUGCUCUUGAAAUUCAUGCUUCUUCAAAUAAUCAUCAUGUUCAUGAUGACUCCAAUUCUUCUUCUUCUACUACUACUAAUUCUCUCAAACCUGAUUUGAAUGAGUUUCCAAAUCCUGAAGAUUAUUGAAUCAAGGUUUUAUACAUCUUACAUCAACGUAUUUGGAUCCUCUACAGCUGGAGCCGCUCCAGCCAGCCGUAAAGGAUCCAAGUCUACUAUAUAAUAGCAUCUUGCAACAUGAUGGUUUUAGAGAUAUUUUCAUCUCUUUAAUUGCGGCCGCAUCAACUGUAUUAUAACUUUGUAAUAUCAAGAAUUGCGAUUGUAAGUGUAUGAUACAAUUUUAAGAAUAUUGAUAUUAAUUAAUAUCAAUAUAUAUUU